AUGAGUAAUCAACCAGUCGGCCCUCUAAGCCCAUCCGGCGCCGCAUCAACACCUACGCAAGCGCCUCUUGAUGGCCGCUACACUUCUCUCAUACGCCUAGAGCCAACCCAUGCUGAGGCAAGCUGGAAGCAUCUCGGUGGUGAAAGAAACGGGCAUCUAUGGACGUACAUGCUUGGAGGGCCUUACACCGACCAUCAACAGUGGAAAGAGACUGUUGAAAGAUUCAGCAAGUUGAAGGAUCCGCUCUUCUACACUGUUUUAUCUGGCCCACGAGAUGAUCCAACCUCUGAGCCCGUGGGUCAAAUCUCGUUUUUCAACAUUGUUCCGGAUCACCGCAGAAUUGAAAUUGGAAACAUCAUCUUUGGCAAACCUCUGCAGCAGACAAAAGCUGCCACCGAGGCGUUUUAUCUGAUCAUCAAGCAUGCUUUCGAUGAUCUGGGGUAUUUGAGAGUUGAGUGGAAGGCAAACCAUUUGAACAAGCCUAGUCUCGCUGCUGCUGAGCGCCUGGGUUUUGUUUUUGAGGGCAUCUUUAGGAAACACAUGAUUAUCAAAGGAAGACGCCGUGAUACUGCUUGGUUUAGCAUUACUGAUGAAGAGUGGCCUGUUGUCAAGAAGGCGUUUGAGACAUGGCUUAGUGAAGAGAACUUUGACAAGGACGGAAAGCAGAUCAAGUCUCUCAAGGACAUCAGACGAGGUUUUGCUUAG